AUGAAAGAAUCAUUCUUGCUUUAUUCUUGGGUCCAAUUCUUUUUUCCAGGUGGCAUUUGCGAGGGUGGAGUCCAUCUUAAGCUUAAUUUGAACCUCUGCCAGGCUAUUGGAGACUGCAGCAGACUGCAGCAGGGACUUGGUCGGUUUUCAUGGCACCUCUCUCCCCGACCGCGCUCCUACACAAGGUCGUUGCACGAGACGGCACCGGCGCAUCUUCAUCUUGCAGUUCUGUUCAAGGCACUUGUAUUGAGGUUGUCUGCGCAUGGCCACUGUCAGGCCAAUAUGGGUUCGGCCAAAGAAUCCUACGUUAGGUACUAUAUCCUCGUCGUGGUUUGUGUAGUGGCUCGGAAAGCAAAAUGGAUGAGGGCCGUUAGCUUGGCCGCCGCGCUACUUGUCCCAGCUGUUGCUGCUAUUCAUGGCAUUAUCUUGGCGUCGUUGCACGUCGACGGUGAGCUUCAAGAAACUCAAUUGGAAGCGAAGAAACUAAAACCAAGUGCUACAGGAGCUACCGAUAUGGAUAUUUACGGCGCCUUACAGUUCUGCUCGAUAGGCAUCCUUGCUGCUCCUGUAACCGUCAAGCUAUCGUCGACUUUCUUCUUUGAUCCAGGAAGAAACAUCAUCUUUCUAUGGACAGGCCUUAUUUUGUCUGGUCUUUUGAGUCUGGCGGUCGAGUUCUAUCGAUCCAAUACCACUGCGUGUACCCACGAUGACGCAGGCAAUCCAAUUCCCACAAGCUCAGGUAGUUUUCCUUAUGGAGGAGACGCCAUGUGCAACCUUACUUGCUCGCAGGACGAUGGCCCUCUUUCUUAUUUACGGCUGGGCGCAGCAAGUGAAAUCUACGUGGUCCCCAAGCCAACCAAGCUUCCCUUCGGGAUGGCCAUGUUCCUUGCUGCCGCGGAAUGCGUCCCCGCCAUCCUCUCCUUGGUAACCAUGUGGAAUAAGAUCUUGGAAAUCAACUGGAAGGCGCGCCGCGGGGGUGGUUCUCAAGAAAAAGAACAGCCGAACAAGCUCAUUCCUGGGGCGAAUGGUGCGACUUUUGGCGGCAUGAGGGACGUCAACCAAGCCAUCAGGUCGUUGUUAAGUGCAAUUGAGGUUCCCGUAUUCGCUGGUGCUUGGCUAGCCGUACUCAUCAUCGGCGAGAUAAACUUUUGGAGUCCUCAAGUGAACUAUCAUACUGAGCCAAUAGGCAGUAUCGGUACGUAUCACGACGCCUUCUCUGGAACCGAGCUGACUUGA